AUGGGCCGCUCCUUCAGCAGUGGUUUGGAUGCUCAGUUGCAUGGAGAUGAAGCUUCUUAUACAAAUGCACUUCUCUUCGGCAUUUGUGUGCUGUAUCGACGAACUUUACUCGAAACUGGAUAUGGAGAUGGUGUGCCGGCGAAUGACAAGGAAAAUGAAAACACUUUGUCUCUAUGGCAGUCGCUAAAAAUGGCCAUCGCUUUCUUUGUCACAAUGAAAGGAUGCCAUCAGUUCACCUUGUCUAUGUUGUCUCCAAGCCUAAACUGA